UAAUAUCUCGAACGCGUGCAUUCGCCGGCAGAAAUACACAACAUUACACUAUUUCCGACUGUUCCUUCCCGUUUGUCGCGUGUGUUGAACAAGUGCAUUCCAAAGAUCGUAUAAAUCGACAAUUUCAACCCGGACGCGGCAAUUUCGUCGCCAAUCGCAAACCGUCGUGGAAGUUCAGCAACGUGGAGCGCGCGGUGGUAGAAUGCACGACGGAUUCGCGAUAACAUGGACGCGAUCCGCGAUAAUCGGAUCGCUGCUGCUGCUGUUGGAAACGGCAUAUUGCAACGGAUUGCAAUAUCAGCCUUUCGACUCUUAUGCAAACGGAGAAGAGUGCGCCUUGAUCCUGGAUGCUCGCGGUAGAACCAGCGUUUACGACUACACCUAUAAUUUACUUCGCGGAUCGUUCCCCACCGCGGGAGGAGUUCAAACCUGUAUCACGUACGACGCCGUAAAUCACGCUUACAUCGAAGCGAGGAAGCGCAUUAAUGUCGCGAGACCAAAAUCGGAGAUGUGGCGACCUGAAGAUCUGGCGACGAUCGGCGAGCUGCUUCUCGAUAUUACCACGAAUCUCGCGCAAACAUAUGGACUGACCUACGACGAGAUAGACAAAAGUCUACCACUGAUCGAUACUUCGAAGACGCUUAUCCAAGAGGUCUGUCCCGCUUUUCUCAGCAAUGUGGAAUGUAGGCCGGGCAAAUAUCGGCGAUACGAUGGCCUCUGCACGAAUUUGCAGAAUCCCACAUGGGGAGCUACCUUGUCGCCUUUCACAAGAUUGAUUACUCCGCGUUUCGCAGAUGGUUUAUCAGCUCCAAGGAUAUCCGUGACGGGUCGUAAUCUACCAUUAUCCCGAAUCGUGUCGCGAACCAUGCAUCCGGACGAGGGUUAUCACGAUCAUGCCGGCACGGUUAUGGUGAUCGCAUGGGGGCAAUUCAUGGACCACGAUUAUACUUUAACCGGCACACCUCUAGACCCCUUGAACCGAAACGACCCGGAAGAAUGCUGCGGCCGGCCGCCACACCUGAAGAAUCCUUACUGCAACGAGAUCCUCAUACCAGAGGAUGACUACUUCUACAGAUUGUUUAACGUACAAUGUAUGGACUUCGUUCGCGCUUUUCCUGCCGUACGACCUGGCUGCCGUCUCGGUUCUCGAGUGCCUUUCAAUCUUCUUACAGGUGUGCUGGAUGGUAAUACCGUUUAUGGCAUCACGGAAGCUUUCGCUAGAAAACUUCGAACGGGUUAUGGUGGAUUACUACGAAUGAAUCCAGUUUUUUCAGAGUACGGUCUUAAAGAUCUAUUGCCGCUGAAAUUGGAUAUACCGGAUGAAGGAUGCACUCGACCAAAUCGAUCGAUGUAUUGCUUCGAAGCCGGCGAGAUUCGUGUGAAUGAACAGCUGGUACUUACUUGUAUGCACACUUUAAUGGCGCGAGAGCAUAACCGGAUUGCCAAAGCGUUGGCCAUCGUAAAUCCGCAUUGGGACGAUGAAACUCUCUUCCAGGAAGCCAGACGCAUCGUCAUCGCGGAAAUUCAACACAUCACUUAUAACGAGUUCCUCCCGAUAUUACUCGGCAAAGAUGUCAUGGAGAAAUUUGGACUUCUCCUCGAGAAAGAUAAUUACUGGGACGGAUACGACCCGAAUAUAAAUCCAGGCGUAAUAGAUGCUUUCGCCGCUGCUGCUUUUAGAUUUGGUCACUCGUUAUUGCCCACGGCUGUAGAACGAUGGAGUAAAGCUCACAAAUUUAUUGCUUCAAAGAGAUUGUCAGACUUGAUAAGACGACCUUAUGAUCUGUACCGCGCCGGUGUGUUUGACGAAUAUUUCAUGGGCUUGAUGAACCAAGUUGCUCAGGCUAUGGAUGAUUCCAUAACACAAGAAGUAACGAAUCAUCUGUUCAAAAAAAUAGGGGCAAAAUUCGGAUUGGAUCUGGUGUCUUUUAACAUGCAACGUGGUCGUGAGUUUGGUAUUCCAAGUUAUAUGGAAUUCAGAAAAUACUGCGGCCUUCCGGAAGCGAACAGCUUCGAGGAAUUGUUCGGUUCCAUGCCGAACGAAACUGUCAGACGAUAUAGUACUAUCUUCGAACAUCCUGCAGACGUCGAUUUAUGGUCGGGCGGCGUAUCCGAAAGACCGCUUCCGGGUAGCAUGCUCGGGCCAACCUUCGCCUGCCUGAUUGCCACGCAGUUCAGUCAUUCGCGUCGUGGCGACAGAUUUUGGUACGAGCUGCCGAACCAGCCAUCGUCCUUCACUCCCGAACAACUCAACGAGAUUCGAAAGUCAAAGCUCGCCAGAGUAAUCUGUGACAAUACCGAUCUUAUUGAUACGAUACAAAUCUAUCCGAUGGUCUUACCCGAUCAUGAAAUAAACCCUCGAGUCCCGUGUCGAAGCGGUAUUCUACCCAGCAUCGACUUCUCAAAAUGGGCCGAUUUCCCGACGAGUCACGCCACACAAUACAAAUAAACAGAGUGCCCUUAGACGAACACCACCACGUAAUCAACCGAGUCACGAGCCAAGAAGCCCAACCCUUAGGCACUUUAACCCGAGAUCACCCCGUAGACAUGCACGUGUUGAAGUAGAGCAAACAAUUCAAUACAUUAAGAAUCCACGUUUAAGUCAAGAGACUCGAUUCAACCAUGUAGAACAUAAAAGUGAAGAAGAAACAUAGAGUUGAUCAGUGUCGAUCAUAUAUUCAAUUAUCUUAUUUAUAUAUAAAAUGAUUCGGAAUUUCGAUUCAUAAACCAUGACUUGUGACACUCGAUAAUGGCUCAUAAACGUCAAUGCAAUUAUGUUAUUACGAUAGCAAGAUCGAUUUGAUCAAUACAGAUUGAUCAGUUAAAGAUACCGCGUUAGUUAAAGAUAUCGACGCUGGACAAAUUAAAGAAUCCCUUUAGAUUCCACAGUAAUCUUUCUCGAAACAAAAUGUACAUAUUGCUUCUCUUAAUAGAAGUGCGUUCUAUUUUAUCUACAUUGCCGUAUAAAAAGAAACAAAAAUUUCAUAUAUAUUCAGAAAUUUACUUCAACUCUCUGAAACCGAAUGUCAUUUAUGCAUCAAGUUUUUGGUCUUUUCUGUGUAGAAAAAUUAUU